CUGAAGCCGAUCUUCGGGGACUAGGGCACCUCCUCGCACAUGCGCAGGAGGUUCAAUGACAGUCGAACGUUGACUUAAGGCUCCAGGGAAAGGGUCUGGCUAUGUUGCAUGUGACCCGAGGGGUCUGGGCGUCCAGGGUCCGAGUAUGGCCCCUGUUGCCCGCGCUCCUCGGGACUCCUCGGGCCCUGUCGUCCCUGGCGGACAAGAUGGGGGUGUACCGAAAGAUGUGGAACCCCACGGAGCCCCGUGACUGGGCCCAGCAGUACCGCGAGCGCUUCAUUCCGUUCUCCAAGGAGCAGCUGCUCCGCCUUCUGAUUCAGGAAUUCCACUCCAGCCCGUCAGAGAAGGUGGCUCUGGAGGAGUUCUCAGCCCAUGUGGACUUCUGCACCCUGUUCCAUUACCAUCACAUCCUGGCCAAGUUGCAGGCCUUGUAUGAUCCCAUCAACCCUGACAGGGAGACCCUCGACCAGCCAUCCCUCACGGACCCCCAGCGUCUGUCCAAUGAGCAGGAGGUGCUGCGAGCUCUGGAGCCCCUGCUGGCCCAGGCCAACUUCUCCCCUCUCUCUGAGGACGCCCUGGCCUACGCGCUGGUGGUCCACCACCCUCAGGAUGAGGUCCAGGUGACUAUAAAUUUGGAUCAGUACAUCUACAUGCAGUUCUGGGCCCUGGGCCAGCGAGUCGGGCAGAUGCCUCGUAUGUCCAGUGUGGGCUCCAAGCGUGGCUUCUUCACCAAGUUGCCCCCUGCAGAGAGGAGGUACUUCAAGAGGGUGGUGCUGGCCGCCCGGACCAAGCGGGGACACCUGGUGCUGAAGAGCUUCAAGGACACGCCGCUGGAGGGCCUGGAGCAGCUGCUGCCCGAGCUGAAGGUGCGCACGCCCACGCUGCAGCGCGCCCUGCUCAACCUCACCCUGGUGGCCUCGGGCCUGGUCUUCUUCGUCAACGUGGGCAUGGUCGUGCUCUCGGACCUCAAGAUGGCCACCUCCCUGCUGCUGCUGCUCUUUGCCAUCUUCAUGGGCCUGCGGGCCUCCAAGCCGUCCGGCAGAUGUUCGGGCAGCGGCGCAGCAUGCAGGCCCUGGAGCUGGCGCACAUGCUGUACUACCGCAGCACGUCCAACAACUCGGAGCUGCUCAGUGCCCUGGCCCUGCGCGCACAGGUGGAGCACACCAAGGAGGCACUGCUGGCGCACAGCUUUCUGGCCCGGCGGCCAGAGGGUAUGUGUGGCCCACCAGAAGAGACCGCCAAGUGGCUCCAGUCAGAGGUGGAGAACUGGCUUCUGGCCCAGUCAGGCUGUGACGUGGCCUUCGACGGACCUCGGGCCCUGGCCCACCUGCAAGCCCUGACCCCCACCACGGGGCUGUACCCUCCCCCAGGUUUCCCCAAACUAGAUCAGUUAGCUCCAGUCACUUCUGAGUCCUCCCAGGCCACACCCAGUAGUAGCAACAACUGACUACACCCUCCCUGCCCAGUCCGCCUGCCACCUGGCUAGAAACCAAGACCCGCCUCUUCCACGCCAAGCUGUCAAUCAUGGCUACUAUGUCAUUCUCCAACUUCCAGUUACUGACAGGCAAUUAUUUUUGCUACUCUGUAUACUUAAAGCAGCCAACCAAGGCAGCAGCGGUUGCUAGGCAUCCCCACUUCUCACGAACAGCCUAUCAAAGCUAUUUAGCUGGGUUUCAGUUCCAUUUCUUAGUCCCACCCCUCUGUAACAUCCACACGUGGUGAGGCUGAGGAGAUGAGGGUGUCAGCCAAUCGCAGCCCUUAAGCUCUGGCUUCUAUGAACUGCCAGGCCCAGCUGUGAAAGAUGUGCCCUCCGAGGCUGUAUAUCACUGUCUUCUUAGCUUCCUGGGGGGAACUGCCCACCAAGUACACCUGGGCCGGGCUCCAGGCGGCAGCCAAUGAGAGCCGUCUGGCCCUGCCCUCUGGCAAACAGCCAGUGACAGCUGCUGGGCGCCAUCAGCUCUGCGCAGCCAGUUGUCUGCAGAGAACCAACCAAUCAGAAUUUCUAAAGGAACCUGCACUUCGCAUCCGUUGCUGCUGCUGUGUGGUGGGCCAUCUGAUAACUGCUGACCAGGUGUUCUGGCUGAAGGGGUUGGGAACCUGGUGCCAGGCAGAAGCUGUGGGCCUGGAGGACCACCCCCACCCCAAGCUUAGGCUCCCAACAGCCUCAGGUGCCUUCCCUGCCUGGGUCCUUCACCCUUUCUACAGAAACUACCUCUUCCUGGAUUUCCCCACCACCAGUGCCAUGUGCAAUAUUUAUUGGUCUAUCAACUUCUCCUGUCUCCCAAAGGAAUAAAUCGUGUUUAAUAAGUCUGGCUGAGUAGGGUGGCUACAGGAGUUGGGAGGGAAGGGCUGUAUCAGAAUCCUGGAAAGAGGGGACUCUGGGUCUUGGGGGUAUUAGUGCGUGCGACGGUUCCCCGACAGAGGAGAGCCUUAGAGGCUGGAUUUGUGGUGGUUGAAACAGAAUGUCUGUGGGUUCAGAAGAGGAUCUUGGAGGGACCUGAUUCCUGAGGAGAAGGCGUGGUUUGAGUCUGGGUCUCAUGAACAGGGGAGAUAGGGUGCCAAGUGCAGUUGUGCAGAUUGUUCCCAUAGCCAGGGGGAACAGGGCCUGUGAAGUCCAGUCCAUGCCAGUGUCCUGCUGUGGGACUAGGUCAGCGUGCUGUGGGGCAUGCCCUGUAGUAUUUACUAAGGUGUUAAGGGCUAGGGUAGUCUUUGGGGAUGGGGAGGAAGUAUUGGGUCCUAGAGAGAAGAGGAAGACAGAUUUCCAACAGGGAAAAAUAAAAACUCUUCCCAGAGGGAGGGUCAGAGAGGAUAAAAAAAGAUCAACAGUUUAGCCAGAUGUGGUGGUGCACGCCUGUAAUCCCAGCAGCUCAGGAGGCGGAGGCAAGAGGAUGGA